AUGUCGCGAACAGGUGCUCUGGACGAUAGCGAGAUCCAAACGGAGAUGAACAAGAUGGUCGCGUUCAUCUCCCAAGAGGCAAGGGAGAAAGCAAGGGAGAUCCAAGUGAAAGCCGAUGAAGAAUUCGCUAUUGAAAAGGCAAAGAUAGUCAGACAAGAAUCAUUGGCUAUCGAUUCCCAAUAUGAGAAAAAGAAGAAACAAGCUGAAGUAGGAUGGAAGAUCUCUCAAUCUACGGCUAUCAACAAUUCUCGUAUCAAAGUGCUCAGAUCAAGAAAUGAUCAUUUGGAAUCUAUCUUUGAAGAAGCCAAUAAGCAAGUCAAGGAUCUGAGUGAAGGUGAUAAGUAUAAGCAAGCUGUGGAGAAUCUGAUUUUGGAGGUCCUCCUCAAACUCCUCUCUCCCACCAUCACCAUCACCCAUCGACCCAAGGACGACGACCUAAUCAAGAAAACCUCCAACAGCGCAUUGAAGCGAUACAAGGAGAUGUCAGGUCGAGAGACCAAGAUCAACUUUGAGAAAGGGUUGAACGAUAAUAGUUCGGGUGGUGUGAUUGGAAGUUCAAUGAACGGUAAGAUCAAGGUUGAUAACACUUUGGAAGAGAGAUUGAAGAUUCUGGAAGAGAAGAUGCUUCCUGAGCUCAGACACGAUCUCUUCGGUGUAAACGAGAACAGAAAAUUCUACACUGUGAGUUGA